UUGUGAGAAACGAGGUCGGCCCUCCAAGCGACGCCCCAAUGCGUCGGCGGCGCAGAUGCAGCAGAGGAAGAAGAAAAAACUCCAGGAAGUGGAUCUGUCCAAUGUCAAGGUUCAAACCGAUUUCUUGGAUCCGGACAAAUGCGCCCGGUGCGCUUUCAGAAGUCCCGAUCCAAUACUGUUGAAGCAGCAUUGGAUUAGUAAACACGAGUACCGUGAGUGCGAGCAUUGUGGGAAGAUGUAUUCCUUCAACUACAUCGACCAACAUAUUGCCGUCCAUCACACCAAGGAGUUGGAUUUCGAGUGCGAAUUUUGCGGCAAUAAGUUCUGGAUGGAAUCAUAUCUCAUAAAUCACCGAGACGAGGAACAUAUUAAAGAGUACAAGUUCCAUUGUGUGGAAUGUGAUAUGAGUUUUGUCAGUCAGAACCGUUUGAGUCGACAUAAGAUCAAAGACCACAAGAACCGGCAUUUCCCAUGCAAGUAUUGCGAGAAGACCUACAUGAACAAGGAAUCGCUGAAGAAGCAUUUUCAAAAGGUCCACGGAAUUGCUAUAGACAACGUGAAAGAUGCCAGUCAUGCCUCGAUCAUACCUUUACCCAUGGUUCAAGGUGUACUCCAUGAUCCGGAUGGAAAGAAGAUUUUGGAGCUGGAGCAAAAGGCCAUUCAAGAUCAAAAGAUCCAAGAAGAUCUUCGACAACAACAGCAGCAGCAACAACAGCUUUUAGCGAAGGGUCACGAGUCACACACAGAGUACAUAGUGCCCGCUGAAGGCAUGACGCACCAGAUUGUGGUUCAAGAGCAGCCAGUCAUCCAUGAAUUUCCCGUCCAUCCCCAUACUGUCUCCACGCCCAUCUCAGAGCAUCAAGUCCAAGAAAUGCAACUGGUUCACAUUCAACCCGAACUCGAUGACCCGAAUUAUGUCACCACCACAUACACCAUUACCAUGUGAAUAGGUGUUGUUCAGAUCGAAUCUUCUCGAGUGUUCAAGUACAUGCAUUCGCUGGGUUUUUUUUUUAGUUGGUGUGAUAUUAUUACCCUCUAGGCUUUGAUGGCAGUCGGAGAUUCCUUUUGGGAAUGUCUGGUUUUAUUGUUGUAGGUUUACUUCAAUACGAUCUGGUUAAGGUGCUCGCUUUGUGAUGAAGUUGGAACCUAGACUUUCACGCUCGAUGAUGAGGUUCUCAAUAAAAUAUGAUAAACACUGCCUUAAUUUCAUUGUUAUCAAACCAGUCAACUAAUCAUAUUGACUUAUAUCUGUUGCAGA